AUGGACCAGCGCAAUACCCCGUACGGCAUGCCCGCUGGCCGCGGGGGAAUGCAGCAGCACUACAGCAUGCAGGACAUGAUGUUCGAUCCGCUACCCAUGAACAACGGCAUGUUCCACCAGCCCCAGGGCGUCGGUGGCCACAUGAUGCACCAGCAGCAUCCAGGAGCUCGCGGUGGAGGCAUGCAGGUCCUUGGCGGCCUGAUGCCGCAGCAGGGGAUUAUAGCGCCCGAAGACGAUCUGGACGACCUCAUGACCGCACUGGGAGACCCCGUGGGCAUGAGCGCGCAGCAGCAGAACAUGGGGCAGAUGUCCAGUCACGUCUACGAUCAACGCCACUUAUGCAGCAGAACGGCAUACCCAACUCCAUGCACAUGA